GUCGCGAGUGCGGAAAGCGCGAGUGGGAGCGAGCUCGCAGCAGACAGAACCUAGGCGUCCGUGGAGAGCGUCGCUGCCUCCCAAGUUCCCGCUCGCUCCUCGCGUGUCGCCGUCCCCGGGGCCAGAUGUGGGAAUUUGAGGCCCAGAGAGUUAAGUAACCUGCCAAGACCACAUAGCUGUAACAGGAGCAGAGAUCGAACCAUGAGCUACCCGGGUUAUCCCCCACCUGCCGGUGGCUACCCUCCAGCUGCACCAGGAGGAGGUGCCUGGGGAGGUGCUGCCUACCCCCCGCCCAACAUGCCCCCCAUCGGGCUAGAUAAUGUGGCCAACUAUGCAGGCCAGUUUAACCAGGACUACCUCUCAGGAAUGGCAGCCAACGUGUCCGGGACAUUUGGAGGAGCCAACGUGCCAAACAUGUACCCUGGUGCCCCUGGGGGCGGUUACCCGCCAGUGCCCCCUGGUGGCUUUGGACAGCCCCCUCCUGCCCAGCAGCCCAUUCCUCCAUAUGGCAUGUACCCACCCCCUGGAGGAAACCCACCCCCGGGCAUGCCCUCAUAUCCACCGUACCCUAGGGCCCCUGUGCCAGGCCAGCCCAUGCCGCCUCCUGGACAGCAGCCCCCAGGGGCCUACCCUGGGCAGCCACCAAUGACUUACCCUGGACAGACGCCAGUGCCACCCCCAGGGCAGCAACCAGUGCCCAGCUACCCAGGAUACUCUGGAUCCGGGAGUGUCACCCCUGCUGUGCCCCCAGCUCGGUUUGGAAACCGAGGCACCAUCACAGAUGCUUCUGGCUUUGACCCAAUGCGAGAUGCUGAGGUCCUGCGGAAGGCCAUGAAGGGCUUUGGGACGGAUGAGCAGGCCAUCAUCGACUGCCUGGGCAGCCGCUCCAACAAGCAGCGCCAGCAGAUCCUCCUGUCCUUCAAGACCGCCUAUGGCAAGGAUUUGAUCAAAGAUCUGAAGUCGGAACUGUCAGGAAACUUUGAGAAGACAAUCUUGGCUCUGAUGAAGACCCCAGUCCUGUUUGACGUGUAUGAGAUAAAGGAAGCCAUCAAGGGGGCUGGCACUGACGAAGCCUGCCUGAUCGAGAUCCUCGCUUCCCGUAGCAAUGAGCACAUCCGGGAACUUAGCAGAGCCUACAAAGCAGAGUUCAAAAAGACCCUGGAGGAGGCAAUUCGAAGCGACACAUCAGGCCACUUCCAGCGGCUCCUCAUCUCUCUCUCUCAGGGAAACCGGGAUGAAAGCACAAAUGUGGACAUGUCACUUGUCCAGAGAGACGUGCAGGAGCUGUAUGCCGCUGGGGAGAACCGCCUGGGAACAGAUGAGUCCAAGUUCAAUGCAAUUCUAUGCUCCCGGAGUCGGGCCCACCUGGUGGCAGUGUUCAAUGAGUAUCAGAGGAUGACAAGCCGGGACAUUGAGAAGAGCAUCUGCCGGGAGAUGUCCGGGGACCUAGAGCAGGGCAUGCUUGCUGUGGUGAAAUGUCUCAAGAAUACCCCAGCCUUCUUUGCUGAAAGGCUCAACAAGGCCAUGAGGGGAGCAGGGACGAAGGACCGGACUCUGAUCCGCAUCAUGGUGUCCCGCAGUGAGGUUGACCUCUUGGACAUCCGAGCAGAGUAUAAGCGGAUGUACGGCAAGUCGCUCUACCACGACAUCACGGGAGACACUUCAGGGGACUAUCGGAAGAUUCUACUGAAGAUCUGUGGUGGCAACGACUGAGCAGGGACGCUGGCUCACCUCUGCCCCCUGCUGGCAGCUGCAGUGCUGGAGAAAGGCCCAAAGAGCAUCUUGUCAGUUCCUCACUGUCCACACUUAGCCCCUGGGUGCACCUGGGGUCUGCAGAGGCUUGGCCCUGUUCUACCUGCCACAUGGAAGGAGCAGGGAGGGUCUACAGCCCCCUGGAAGCCUUCACCACUCCCACCCCCAGAUUCUGCUGUUUGUGUAGGUGUUUUGUCUCCCCAUGUAUUCACCCCUCCCUUGUUGAUUGCGGCCAUUUUAGUUGUGCCAUUUUGUAUUUUCCUUUGGAAGCCUAUUUUCUAUUCUAUUCAUCGCCAGAAAGAUGCAGACUUUUCUGAUUAUGCACAUUUCUAGUGAGAAAGGAGGAUUCCCCCCCCCCCCCCCUCAGGAUAAAAGGGAAACUCUCUAGGGUUGUAGUUGCAUCUGGCAAGAAUGUAUCAUGACCUUUGUUUUUGCCAAACCACUCCUUUUUAAAAAAGAAAAGUAAAGAAGGCCAGGACACCUUUUGUUACAUUUUCCAUGCAAAACCUCAGAGCAAAGCCAGUUCCCUGCCAAUGACAGCUCCCUCCUUGUAGUUCUCAAUGUGCCUUAAACCUAAAUGUCUGUAGCCAAAAGCUGUUUCUAAAUUAAAGCCAGCCAGCUCUGGAAUGUUCUG